UAGAGUCCCACAGACAAUCACCCUUAAAAAUUUGGUCUCUUUUUCCUUCAUUUCGUUGAUUUCCCUUUUCUUCACUCAAAAGAGCAGCAGCGCAGAAAGGGACAAGAUCCCGGAAAGGCGUGCCACCGUCAGACUCAUCCCUUUUCAUGCCUUCCAACGCCCUCUCCGAUUGAACCAAAAAGCUUCAACCUUUCUUUCCUCUCUGCGCUUCCCUCAACAUGUACCCGAGGUUGAUACACCCCCACGAUGCGAUUGUGCCGCAGGAAGACAUGCACGCUGCUGCUUCGAACCUCUCUCACGCUCACAAGGGAGACCCUUGUCUCGUUCUCACCGCUGAUCCAAAGCCUCGCCUUCGAUGGACUCAGGACCUCCAUGAACGCUUCGUUGAUGCCGUCACCCAGCUUGGGGGUGCCAGCAAAGCUACACCUAAAGCAAUCAUGCGGACCAUGAAUGUCAAGGGUUUGACAUUAUUUCAUUUGAAGAGUCAUCUUCAGAAAUACAGACUUGGUAAGCAAUCUGGGAAAGACGUGGGUGAAGGAUGCAAAGAUGGAAUAUCAGGUUCAUAUCUUUUAGAAAGCCCUGGCACUGAUAACUCUUCUCCGAAGUUGCCGACUUCUGAUACAAAUGAGGGUUAUGAAAUCAAGGAGGCUUUGAGAGCACAGAUGGAAGUGCAGAGUAAAUUACAUUUGCAAGUGGAGGCAGAGAAGCACUUACAGAUUCGCCAGGAUGCAGAGAGGAGGUACAUGGCCAUGCUUGAAAGAGCUUGCAAGAUGCUUGCUGAUCAAUUUAUUGGCGCUACCGUUAUAGACACAGACAGCCAAAAAUUUCAAGGAAUUGGAAGCAAAGCACCUAGAGGUACUUUGGUUGAUCCUCUUGGCUUUUACUCCUUGCCAUCUGCUGAGGUGGCCGGGGUGAAUGUACCGGAAGAAGAAAUACCACCUACUAUCCCACCCCAAAGGGCUGAUUGUUCAACUGAAAGUUGCUUAACCUCACAUGAGAGUUCUGGAGGAUUGGCUUUAGAAGGAUCUCCAGGUGGGGGGAAAAGGAGGAUGCUUGGCAUGGACUCUAUGGCAGCACCUUUGAUCUGGAGUGAAGCUAAGAUGAGAACUCAAGCCAUCAAUGUAGUAGCCCAAGGUAAUCAUCCUCAAGGAAUAACUAGGUAUGGCAUGUAGGGAUGGAAGGUCUACUUGAUGGUUCAUCCCCUCAUUAUAUACCUUUUGGGCUUCAUUCAUUCCUUUUUUUUUUAUAGGUACUUGAACUCUUCAUGUCUUGUAAGUUAGUGAGACAUAGGUGGAAUCAAUUUUACCCAUUUGUAAAUUCAAACUAGUAUGUGGCUUUAAACAUUGCAAAAAACUAGCUUUGACUAUACAGAAUUUGUGUGUUUUGGUAACUUA